CGCUUCGCCCCGCGGGAGUCGCGAGCGGGACUAGCGCGAAAAGGGCCCCUCGGUUUAAAUGUAUUCCUUUUUAAUCGAGAUAAGCAGAGUAUAUUAACGUCGUGUACAUUUUACGAAAACAAAAAAAGUGAUCGUCACCAAGCGGUUGUUGAGUGAGAUGGCGAACCCUUCGACCUUCCGCUAUGUCGAGUCGCCCUACAAGGACAUUGACAAUGUCUUGGAGUCCACAACAGAUAUAGAAUACCUCCCCGAACGCAGGCGCCUUUUCCCGGAGUUCUCCGUCAUCUCCCCAUCGGAGAAUACGCCGCCAGAAGAUGUGGACACGAGGGAGCACCUGCGCGUGUACGCCAGGAUCAAGCGAGUUUCCGGCAACAGCAGCGAGGCUGUGGAAGAGUCGUGCGUGGUUGUGGAAGGGGAUGGAAACCUCCUGCUGCACGUUCCGAAUAAAAACCUCUCCCUGAAGCAGGGGGAUCGGAUCGAACAGACAAUACAACGAUACAGCUUCACACACGUAUAUGGGCCAGAGGUGAGCCAGAAAGAGGUGUUUGAUAACACCGUCAAGCCACUCGUGAAAGAAUUCCUCCUGGGAAACAACUGCCUCGUGUUCACCUAUGGCGUAACUAACUCGGGCAAGACCUACACCGUGCAAGGCACGGUUAAGGACGGGGGCCUUCUGCCCCGCACCCUGGACCUCCUCUUCAACAGCUUGCAGGGUCACGUGUGCUCAGUGCCUGAGUAUAAACCAUACCGGAGCUCCGAGGUGCUGCACCUGGACCCGCGUACCAUAGUGGAGGAACAGGCGGCGCAGAGCGCGCUCCUCGCGCUCGCUAAGAAGGCAAACCGCAGCCUUUUAGACUUGGACAAAACCAAUGGGAAAUCUUUGACGUCCACCGAUGGGACAUUGCAGGAAUCCAUCAUGUGUGGGGGACCGUCACAGUCCUUAAGCGAACUGGAGGGUCGCAAAGCCAUCAGCGACUGCGUUAGCCUUGAGCCGUCGGAAAAGGAGCGCAGCUACUCUGUGUGGGUGGCAUUCUACGAGAUCUACAAUGAGCUGAUUUACGACCUUCUUGACUUUACGCCGGCCACACGCCUGGCCCAGCGCCACAUCUUGCACAUGGCAGAGGAUCAGCACAAGGGCCCCUUCAUAAAAGAUAUCAAGUGGGUUCAAGUGCACAAUGUCAUUGAGGUGCUGACCCUUCUAAAUGCCGGCCGGAAGAACCAGAGUUUCGCCUCCACCAAGCUCAACCUCAACUCUAGCCGGAGCCACAGCAUCUUCACUAUCCGACUCAUUCGGCUCGAGAAGGGAGCUAAGCCGGAGGUCACCGCAAUAAACGAGUUCUCGAUCUGCGAUCUGGCUGGCUCGGAGCGGUCAAGCCGCACGCAUAACGUGGCCGACCGGCUGCAGGAGGCGUGCAACAUCAACACGUCGCUGCUCGCGCUCGGCAAGUGCAUCACGGCGUUGCGCUUCAACCAACAGGCCAACAGGCUGAACAGCCGUGUGGUGCCGUUCAGGGAGAGCAAACUUACACGGCUCUUCCAAGUCUACUUCUUGGGCAGGGGCAAAACAUGCAUGGUGGUCAACAUCAACCCCAGCACCUCCUGGUACACGGAGAACCUCAACGUGCUGCGCUUUUCCGCAAUCGCAAAACAGGUGCUGACGCACUUUCCGGAUCGUCUGGGGAAACGCACACAAGCCGAUUGCUCCAGUAUGAUCAUUUCAGCCGAUGGCGUUGUCCCCGAGAAGCGGGUCAGGGCGGGCGCCAAUAGCACGGCGUCAGUUGCGUGCGCUCGUGCCACCAUUGCCAAACUAGUGGCGGCCGCCAGUGCCGCCACCGCUAAAGCGGCCGUGAAGCCCAUCCAGGAGGCUGGCGGCGAGGGAGAAGGAAUCGACGGCGACAUCGAUGAAAACUGCAGUGAAGUCGAUUUGGAUGAGAAUGAUCGGGAGAUGGAGGUGGAGCGGCUGAAAGAAGAGUUGAAGAAGGAACGUGAGGACAGGAAACUGGACGAGUGGAGGAUUCGUGGGGAGAUCUCCGGUCACCUCCAGUACCUGGCCAACCUGGAUGAACAACAGAGGAAGAACGACGAGCGCACGCAUGAGCACAUGGAGGAUAUCUGGGAGCGGCGGAUCAAGCUGCUGGAGGAGAAGUGGAAGCAGUUCCACGAGAGGGAGAUGCGCGAACUGCAGGAGACGUUCGAGGCUGACAAGGACCUGGUGCCGAUAGAGCGGCUGGAGGCCGAGACGGAGAAGCUGAGGGAGAAGGCGGAGCUCGCCGAGCAGCAGGCGAAGCGAAUCCUAGAGCUGGAGGGGACCCUGGCGGGCCUACAGCGGGACGUGAGGGCCCUGCGGGAGGCGGGCGAGGAAUCGCGCCGCCAGCUGGAGCUGCUGCCCGAUUCUCCGGCACAGACAAUGGACCUUGGGAUACUGAAAGAGGCCAACCGUGAGCUCAAGGUGACCCUGGAGGAGGCCGAGGAGACCUUUGAAAAGAACCGCAAGGAGAUUAAGAGUUUGAAGCAGCGCAGCGGGAAGCUAGAAGAGGAGCUUUCCACAAAGGACCUUCUGAUCGAGGAGCUGCGCGUGUCACUGGCCAGCAGGGACAAGCAGCUGAGCUGCAAGCUCUCCGAGCUAGUGUCGUUGAAGGCCACCACGGAGCAGCUGAGGGGGCCAGCAUUUGGGAAAACACAAGCGCAGGCCACGCCGUCGAAACCCCAGUGGCAGGGAGAUCUUUCCACGAACCGCACACACAUCCCAAAAUCCCUCCCGGCGAUCCGCCCGCUCGCCCAGCGCUCUCACGGAAAUCGGCACCAAUGUGGGAGUGCCUUGGAAAAUACCCAAAACGUCAGUCCGCGGUUGGUGCAAUUACUACACGAGGUUCAGCUACAGAGCGGCAACAAGAGAGGCGGAGCUCCGGGUUCCGAGCCUGCGGGCUGUGACGACGUUCGCCUGAGCGAAGCGCUUGGUGACGCGGAACGGGCACGCGCGGACCUGCGAGAGGCGUUGGAGAAAGCGUCUCGUCUGCGCGCUGAGAAUUCGGAGCUGCUAGCGCGGUGCGGGCAACAGGAGGAGCACAAGCAGCGGCUGGAGAGCGACCUCGCCGCACUGAGAGAGACGCUGGGGGAGCGCGGCGGGGACGAGAGGCUCUCUGAUGCCGAGGCGAAGACAAACCCUGCCGGCGCCCGGGUGAGCCAAGAGCUGCACCGCACCAAGCGCGAGCUACUGGAGGUGAUGCGUACCCUGUCGAGCAAGAACAAGGAGCUGGACGCGGCGCAAGCCAACCUGGAGGAGGUUGGCGUCCUCAAAGCACAGAACGGGCAGCUGGCGGCCGAGUGCGCGCUGCAGGCGGCCACUCUGUGCGAGCAGGCGCAGGCGCUGGUUGUGUUGGACCGCAGGCUGGAGGGGAGCUGCGCCGAGCUGCGCGAGAAGGCGGCGACUCUGAGCGCCACCGAGGGCGCCGUUGCUGGUUUGCAGGCCGAGCUGGCGGAGUCGCGGCGGGAGCUGCGCGAGGAGAGGGACCGGCUGGAGGUAGCACGUGACGCGGCUGAGCGGGAGGCGUCGUCGAGGAGGGACCUCGCGGAGGUCAAGGCAGAGCUCGCCAACCUCCUCGCGCAACUCGGAGAAGCCAGACGGGAGGCGGCGGAGAAAAUCGCCGAGCUGGAAGAGGCGCGGGUGCGGCUCGCAGAACUGGGGCAGCUCAAGACCCAGAACGAGGAACUCUUUAACAAGUCGAUGCAUCAAGCGGACACCCUCAAGGAGGUUACGGAAGACUGCGAGAACCUUAGGAAGGAGCUUGAGCAAUGCCUCAAGGUGCUGCGAGACAAGAGAGGGGAGGCCGAUGAGAGGACGGAGGAUAAUGACUUGAAGGCGGCACAGACGAAGGCUGGGGUUGAACUGGAGGAGACCAGGAGUAAGUUGACUGAGACAAGGCAGGAGCUGGAGAGAGCAACCAGGAAGUAUGAAGAGGCCCAGAAAGAACUGGCCGAUGUGAGGGCGCGUGUCAACAGCGGCUCCGGCGCCGGAAACUUCCACCGCACGAUGGCAGCACUGGAAGAGCGGUGUGAGCGGAUGGCUGGUCAGUCCGACGAGUCGGAGAGCGGUGUGGGGACGCCGCGGGCCGAGGCGCCCGAGCGGGAGGUCAAGCGUCUGCGGGAGCUGCUCGCCGAGCACGAGACGGCGAGCGCCGAGGCGAAGGCUCGUGAGAGCCGGCUGCGGCGUGAGGCGCGCAUGGCACAGGACGCGCUCAAGGCCGCAAACCGCCUCAUGGGCGAGUGGGAGGCGAAGCUGGCCGAGUCGAAGGCGAAUGUGGCGACGGCGAGCGGGCAGGACGGGGCCGACCGCCGGUGCGAGCCAGAGCGAACGCUGGCGGAGAAGGAGGAGCCGGAGUCGGUGGCGCUGGCCGAGAUCGUGGCACUCGAGCGAGGUGCAGCCGAGAAGGAGUCUGAGGGUCAAGUGCGCGCCGUCCCGGCGGGGGAGGAAGCGUCGGCGCCAGUUGCGGGGACCGACGGUCGAUACCGCGAGCUGAUCGGCGCGUCUGAAGCUACCCGGGCGGCGGACGUGGAGCGCUUGGAGGCGACCGUGGCCGAACUCACAGUGGAGAAAGAGAAGUUGUCCUUCGACCUGUCUGCCCUGAGGGAGGCGAACGGCGUCCUGUGCCAGGAGCUGCAGGUGUGCGAAGAAACGAUGAGGACACUGGAGAGCCGGCUGGGCGCGGAGGAGACGGCGGAGAGGCGGGCGGAGCGUGCACGCGCCGAGAAGGCUGAGCUGGAGGAGGAGCUUGCGAGCGUGCGUGCCAAACUGCGUGGGGCAGCGGAGGAAAGCGACGAUCUCCGGGAGAAGCUUUCGGACGUGCGGAGGCAGAUGCAGCACGUCGAGAAGGAGAUGGAGAUGGCCCGUGCGGAGAAGGAGCGAUCCGCCCGCCUGGAACAGGAGCUUGAGAAGGUGCGCGCACAGGGGGCGCAGUGCAUGGCCGGCAGGGAUCGGCAGCUGCAGGUGCUGCGCCGGGAACUGCAGCAGGAGCGGGAGAAGAGCCCUUCUCCCCAAGCCGCCGCCACCGUCGCCGCCCGUGUCGAGAAACGCGACGACUCGGAGCCGGUUGUGACACCGGUGGAUAGUCGCUGGAAAGAAGCGCAGCGGGAACUGACGUCGCAGCUGAAGGAGGCCGAGUUUCGGCGCAACGUGGAGGUGAAGCGGUGGGCGGCGGAGCGCGAGAAGCUGCAGAAGCAAAUCCAGGAGGUGGAGAGCAAGAAGGAGCAGGAGCUGCGCGCGUGGCGUGAGGAGCGCGACCUCCUCGCCACCGGCCUGGCCUCCGAGUUCGACUCCCUGCGCACGGCGCUCGCCGAGCGCGAUGCAGAGAUCAGCUGUCUGAACGCCGUCGUCGCGGCCAACGCUGCCGCCAAGGCGCCCGGCGAGACAGAGGGGAGCGCCGCGGAGCCGGAGGGAGCGCCGUGCCGCACCACGGAGUUGCCGCCUCGACGGACGAGCGCCGUCCGCAGGCGUCGCGAGGAGGAGGUGGAGGAGGGGGAGGAGGACAAGUCGCUAGAGUCACGGCGCGGACGCAACAGCAAGCAGCCGCGACUGGCGUGUCACGGUGACUGCAACACCGUGGUGCUCGACCGCUCGGACGUGUCGGUGGACGGGGGAGGCCACGUUCCACGCUUCCCGCCCUCUCAGCUCGCCAUCCACCUCACCCCGCUCAAACAGCACCAGCUGCUGAAGUCGUCGGCCAAGGUUCCCUCUCGCCAGAAAGCCAGCGAUGAGGGCCGGAGCGGCAGCCGGUUGAUGAAGCUGAGGAGCAAAGCUCAGCUGAAGGGCAGCUGUGAGCAGGAUGGCGGCGCGUCGGGGGAGGCGGCGAGCGCCAGCACGAGGCUCGGAGCGGGGAAGGGUGGCGGGGACACCGGUGCGACGGGACCCAUGCAGCGCAUCGGAGACUUCCUGCAGAGCUCCCCCACGCGCCUCAAGAGCUGCGCCAAGCAGAUCGCGAGCACCUUCAAGUCCGCGGAGGCGGUGAACGCCGCCGCCGCCGAUGGUGCCAAGACGCCGCCGCCGCUCGGCAAGAGGAAGUGCAAGCGCAAGCUGCUGAAGCUGGAGAUCUCCUCUCCCAUGGACUUCUCGUCGCACACGUUUGUGGACAACAAGCAGCAGAACGUGGAGAAGGAGAGCGACCACAGCACCAUCAUGCGGCAGCUGCGUAGGCGCAAGCAGUGACGGGGAGACGCGUCGCUGGCACUUCUCGCGCUCGAGUCUGGAGUAGGCCGUGAAGAGAAAUGUAUUAUGGUCUCAACCUCACGAGUCGCAUCCACCAGGGAACGAUGCAAGCGGGUUUGUAAUUGGUGAGCGGGGUGGCGAUGGAACUGUUCGACGAGCCUAACGGCUCCUCGGGCUCACGACGACGUGAGCCCGCUUGUGUCAUGUCAAGAAUCGAUUGUUUCUGAUUUGUGUACACGAUCGGCUCAUGGAAACCCCCUGCAGCCGCGAAAGAGAAGAAAAUCUAUUGGCAAAUUGAAUAGGAGAUGGUUAAUCUAAUCGUGGAGAGGGGCGAGUCGUUGCGUCCUUAUUGACGAGAGGAGAUUUGAGCUCUGACGUGAUUAAGCACCGACUUGAUUUAGUUCCUUAAUGAACGACAGACCCAGCGGGGACCUCUCGCUGGGGAACAGAAUAGUUGUUUUAUGUGAUUCAGCAGAAAUGGCAGCACAUGCCACUUUUGUGAAUGAGCAGCAUGUGCGUGAGUUUAAGAAUAAAAGCGCGCAUGACUUUUAGCGAGCGGCGAGGAACAAUUUGAGCGAACGCCGAUGGGGAAAGUUUUAAAGCGCGAGCCGAAUGAAGGCAAAGUUGUUUUCAUUUUCCACGAACAAAAAAGGUGAACUUGGAACGUUACGAGCGUGUCGAAUUUACAACCGGCUCUUAUCCUCCUCCUUCCUGAGUGUGUGACAUGCGGAGAGUUUAUGGCGCUGGGCCUCUUUCAGUUUUACUUAUUGCCCGCACUCUGGUGCAUGCGUUGUCUUGCCAACCGUGCAUUACUUUCUGACAGGGCUUCGAGAUAAGUUUCGAAGCCCAGGGUCAAUGUUAGCGGCCGCCCGGGUUAGUGGUGUGGGUUAGAUUGUGAGAUUUGCUUAACGCUCCGGCUGUCCGAGUAGAGAGCUGGAGCCUCGGCCGCUGACGUUUGUCAUCGUUACAGUCUGCAUACAACAACAAACAUUCAGCCAUUCUCAAGUCACCAAUGGACAAAGGCCUUUCCAUGCCCUGGGGUUUCUAUUUUUAAACAUACUUCACCAUGCUGGUCAGUGCAGGUUGGUGAAAUAGGGGGGAGGAUGGUGGGUUGCUGGCUUUGUGGCGCAGCGUGCUGCCAACAGCUAUGCCGGCGUUGCACUUGCUCCGUCGCCCUUAUGAUUCGUAGUGUGUACAACCUUUUUUACGUCAAAGCAAAGAGGUCAUUGGGGCCCGAUGCCACUCAAAGCAGCCGCCACACAUCAUCAUCAUCAUCGUCGCUUCUUUCCUGCUGUCACUUUGCUCGGCUAGAGCACAGACGCUGCAUCCACCCCCACGCGCGGUCAUCGAUGUCGCUUUCUGAUGGGAGGGAAGCACAGAGAAUCGCCGGCGAUGGCAUGUUUGAAGCGCACGGGAGGGCGUUUAUUGCUGAGCUUGUCGUGAUUCUGGUGUCAGGGCUGCAGUGGUAUUGCUUGUCGCUGUUUCCUGACGGCCGUGAGUAUGAGGAGACGGGUUGGUGGGGGGGGGGGGUGCGCAGCUGACAGCGUGGCUUCAUCGCGUGCAGGAGGUGUUGGCCUUUUGAAGUUUGAUUUAGCAGGAAGAGCCUGGCGGUGGAAUGUAGGCGGGUAACAAUAUACCUCUAUUCAUCAAUUACAUUUCCAUUGCUGUGCUCGUAGGGAUGUCCAUCGAGGAGAGUGAUGAAAUCGGUUGGUGUGCAGGUGUCGUGUGGGUUUCUACGUGGCAGCAUUGUGACAGGUGGAUUGAUGAUGAUGCAUGUAUCGAAUCUCGUGUAUGUGUGUGUGAGAAUCGAUUAUAUAAAAAAAAAAUGUGGAUAUGUUUUAUGUGAUUGCGUCACCUGAUUCGCCGCAGCUGCUGGAGGCCUCCGCAUUAGCCAACAUUUGUAAUGCGAUUGUCGAAGAGCCGAAUCGUGAACCACAAAUGGGGGACCACCAGGCUGGGAGGGGGCAGAUUGGUCACGGUUCCACGCAGCAAACCUUUGACCUUGAGUCUGCUCAUGCAGCAUGCGUGCCCCACCUGCGUGCCCCACCUGCGACUGCACGCUGUGAACGUUCAAGGUAGAUGGCGCCAGAUUAAUUUUUCUUUUUGGCAGCUGUCCCCGAGCCGAGCGAGCCACAAGACUCAUAACCGUCUUAAUACUUUCAUUUCGAUCACUUUGCCAGAAAUAUAUAUUUAUGUAUCUGUACCACUGCGUAGGGACGUGUUUUAUCCAUCUGCGCUCGUGCUGUUCAGCUCUCCGAUAUGGGUUUUUUUUCCCGGACGUGUCAUCCGCGUGCUCUCCAGCUCCCUGGGGAACGUGCAACACACGGUAGCGAUGUGGAAAUGAACGGGAGACCUGUGCACACAUGAAUGCAUGUCCACAAGUGUGUGUGCAUUCAACACUAAACCGGUUUUCGCACUGGAAUUGCCGCCUGCGCGGCGACGCGAGUUCACAGGGGAAUUCCACUUUUGAGUUUUAAUUUUAUUUUCGCACGGUUUCACGUUUGACAAGCGGACAGCCAUUUGGCGACGCUGCCGCACGCACACAAAGACCCCCCGUGUAGCCUUAACAGACUUGGUAAGUGCUUUUAGCGAGCACCUAUGAAGGCCGGAACGGCAUACGAGGGGGUGGGUGGCCAGCACCACGCCCGGCCGCCUUUGUCUUCCUAGUGGCAAUGUUUUUAUUUUGUCACUGCACCAGGUACUCAAUUGAGACCGAGUCAACCUCGGGAAGGAGGCCCAGAACCGGUUCGGAUAAUCACCACUGGUGUUGGAUGGUGAUUUAGAGCAGGCUGAGAGGGGAGGUAUGCGAUCGUCUUUUUGUCUCGGUGAUUCUACUCAUCUCAUUCCUUGAUGCUGUGGUUAUAUAUUUUGGUUUUGUACCCUUGGACUCGGCGUUCGCGACCGGAAUUUUACGGGGAAAAAGAAUUUGUGUGAAUGGCAAAACACGCGGUUAGUUAUACACCGGGAGCUGUUGUGUCGCUUGGUUCGUCUGACCUUCAGCAAAUCUAAACCUUCAGCAAAAUCUCGACGAAUAAGAACGUAUGCUUGUGUUUAAAUGGAAAUAAUGAUUCCGCUUUUAUUAGCAACAGCAGUAUUUUUCACACUUA